UGAAGCCAACAAUAGCUGUUUAGUUCCUUGUCGCAGCGCGGAAGUCUAAUUCAGUUUCAGAUUAUUUUUUGUGUGGACUCGAUGGUUUGUAAUGGCGAAUCUUAACUGACAAGUGGCUGUGAUCUGGCAGCUGUCAAACACCUGGACUGAACCCCUGUAGCUCCGAAGAUGAUGAUGCGAAAAAUUAGCCACCGGAGACAGGGGAGCAUUGACCUUUUGGAAACCAUCGGAGUUGUAAAUGAGAAUGGCGUUGAAAACCCAUCUAUGCCACCAGUGCAACCUCCUUUGACGUUCGACUAUGUUCUUGUGGCCAAAAGCUCAGAUGAUGAGGACAGCCACUUGAUCAGAAAACAGAAAGCUUUCAUUGAAAUUUUACGGAAUAAGAAAUUAAAUGUACAAAAAUUUAGAGAUGAAGAUAAGGUGUUUUAUUGCAUCAGAGCACCAGAAAAGAUUUUUGAGACAUACCGGUACCUCUUGAAAGUGUCUGACGCUUGUAACUGGAGUUGUGAGCAGCAGGGUUCCAUACCUCAAUCAACAAGGAUUCGUAUUGUUGAUUUCAUUCUGCAUCACACAUGCAUUAAUUCAGAGGGUGUUUCAGAAUAUCUGCCGGAUCUCAUGAAAAAAAAUGUUUUUGAGACUCACUUUUGUUUACAUGAGAAAAGGGAGCAGAAAGAACUGAAGCAGAGCUGGGCUCGAUGGUCUGCUUGUUUCAAGGGUCAACCCAUAACUAACGUCAGAAACUACCUUGGUGAGAAGGUGGCUCUGUAUUUCCUAUGGCUGGGUUGGUACACAUUUCUCUUGAUUCCUGCUUCAGUAAUUGGUCUCAUAGUGUUCCUGUACGGCCUGGCCUUCUACAACACAAGUCCUCUAAUAAAGGAGGUGUGCCAGUCGAAUGUAAUUAUGUGCCCGUUGUGCGAUAAUACGUGCAAAGUGUGGGAGCUUUCUGACACCUGCAUGUAUGCAAAGGUGAGCCUUCUGUUUGAUAAUGAGGGAACAGUGGCAUUCGCCAUGUUCAUGGCAGUGUGGGCCACUGUGUUUCUGGAGUUCUGGAAGCGCCACAGAUCGUCUUACGUGUCUGCAUGGAAGGUCUUUGACUGGAGUGAGGAAGAGGAGGAGUUAAUUAUGGAGAUUGUUAAUAAUCCACAGUGUGAACCCAAGAUGCACAGGCACUCUUAUCUGUGCUCCACUAUGGUACUGGUUUUAGUCACACUCAUGUUGCUGGUCAUCAUUGGUUUGACCCAUGUCCUGGUUGUGUGUCGAGUGAUCGCUACUGUGCUGCUGGCCGAAAACAGUACUUGGCCGGUCAUUACUGAGAAUUCGCAAACAGUUGGCGUGAUGCUUGGAGCCGUGCUUCACUACAUCACUAUCACCGUCAUGACUCGGGUCAAUUGUACAGUAGCCAUGAAGCUGAGUGAAAUAGAGAAUAAGCAUUCCCAUACUGCCACUGAAAGGAGUUUCACAGUCAAGAUGUUCAUAUUCCAGUUCUUUACAAUGUUCUCCUCUCUCAUAUACACAGCGUUCUUUCUGGGAAGGAUCAAUGGUCAUCCUGGAGGGUAUGUGAGGAUAUCUGGCAAAUGGAGGCUGGAGGAGUGUCACCCAAGUGGCUGCCUCACAGAUUUGUUCAUUCAGAUGUCUAUUAUCAUGGUACUUAAACAGACCUUCAACAAUAUCUUUGAAUAUGCUGGUCCCUGGUUUAGUCGGUGGUUGAAGAGAAAAAAGACACAGAAGUUUAGGAGAAGGUGUUUCAAAUGCUAUAAGAAGGAGUGUAUGAAUGCCAAGGAAGGAUCUGAACUCUGUGAGAACUGCAAACUUGAAGACCUCCACAGAAACUACAGCCUGAUUCAAACCGAUCGCUUCAGCCUCUUUAAUGAGUUCUUGGAAAUGGUGAUCCAGUUCAGUUUCACAACUAUAUUUGUAGCGGCAUUUCCUUUGGCUCCAUUAUUGGCUCUUCUAAACAACAUCAUUGAGAUCCGAUUGGAUGCCAUUAAGAUGGUCAGCCUUGAGCGCAGACUAGUGCCGACGAAGGCCAAUGAUAUUGGUGUUUGGACGGAUGUGCUUGAGGCGAUUGGUGUUCUUGCGGUCAUUGCUAAUGGACUUGUCAUCGGCAUAUCUUCUGAUUUCAUUCCACGUCUGGUUUACCAGUACUUAUAUGGGCCGUGUGCCAGUGGCAGUGCUACUGGCAUUAAUUGUAUGGUUGGAUACAUAAACAACACUCUAUCCAUUGCUAAUAUAAGUGACGAGAAAGUUAGGGGAGAUUUCAAAAGUGAUCAAAUGGUCACGUACAGUGGCAUAAAUGUGACACACUGCAGCUACAGAGACUACAGAAGUAAUGAAGACUUUAGUUUAACUAAUCAGUUUUGGGUCAUUCUGGCAGCACGAUUAGUCUUCAUCAUUUUGUUUGAGCAUGUAGUGGUGAUCUUUAAGUGUGUAGCAAGCUGGUUUGUCCCUAACUCACCCCUGGAUGUGAGAAAUGAAAGACUGUAUGAUAAACUCAGGAGGCUUAAGGAAGAACUGAGAGCUCGAAAACAGGACAAUUUUACUAAACUUCAUGAGAAUGGUAAUGCAAAAAGAUCCUCUAAACAGAAAAAAGCAAAUAAGCUAAAUAGUAUGUGAAACAAAUGAGGUAAAACAAGAUUCUAGAAGCCUCUGAAUUUUGACUGUUGGUAGUUACCUUAUUGAAAGGUUUUACAUUUUAAAGGGUGGUCACAUUUUUAAUUAUUACAAUUUGUGGAUUAAUGACUGCUUGAUAGAUCAGUUUUGUGUAACAUAUAUACAAAGAAACGCACGCACACACACACACACACACACACACACAUAUAUAUAUAUAUA